UAUUUUGCUGUGUUAAUAUUUGGAUAGAUCGAUUAUUUUUUCCUUUUUUUUUAAUCUAUCAAGAUAUUGGAAGUUUCUCCUUAUCCACACAACUUUGAUUAGAAUUCGAACGAGGCCCAGACGGAUUAAAUCUGGAUAAUGAUCAUUAACAACAGUGAUAAUAAUAAGGAAUUUUGGCAGUCUCAGCAGCAGCAAUAGAUCAAAAGGGGGAUUUUGUCCUUGAGUCAGAAUAUUGGUAAUGGGCACAGAACUUGUUGGACCUUGUAUGAAAGAGGAUAGCAUGGAAAUUCCCUCAAUUCCUCCAGGUUUCGAGUCAUUUGUGCCCUUCACUGUGAAGAGAGCAGAGGAUAAUCAAGUUGGCAGUUACUCAAGCUCUGCCAGGGUUGUUGAAUCACAAACAGUCAAGUUAGAAACCGAGUUUGACUGUAAUAAUGAUGACUCACAAACCAUGAAGACCCUCAGGCGUAGGCCUGGGGUAAAGUAUAGCCAGGUCGAUAAUAGUUCUUGCGAUGAAAACGAGUCUGAGCAGCAUAUGUUUUUGAGACACCAACUCCCGAAAGGUGUUAUUCGUGGGUGCGAAGCUUGUAGCAAUUGUCAGAAGGUAAAUGCAAAAUGGCGUAUAGAAGAAGCUCGAAGGCCUGAUCUCAAAGAAGUUCCUGUAUUUUAUCCUUCUGAAGAGGAGUUUGAGGACACUUUAAAAUACAUUUCAAGUAUACGGGCAAAAGCGGAAAUGUACGGGAUUUGCCGCAUAGUACCACCUCCUUCAUGGAAACCUCCUUGCCCUUUAAAGGAAAGGAAUAUAUGGGAGAGCUCGAAGUUCACCACUCGUAUCCAGCGGAUUGACAGACUUCAAAAUCGGAGGUCAAUGAGAAAGAUCUUGCAAGCCAAUCCAUACAAGAGGAGGAAAAAGAGAAGAUGCAUGAAAAAUGGAGUUGAUAUUGAAAAUACUAAUGAGGAAAGCAUAAUUCCAGGUGAAGCUGGACUGUACGAGGCUGAGAGAUUUGGCUUUGAGGCUGGUCCAGAGUUUACUCUGGAUUCAUUUCAGAAAUAUGCUGAUGAGUUCAAGGCCCAGUAUUUCUGUAAAAAUAAUAAUAUUUCAGAAUCAGGAGGUAAUAGAGCAAUGCUCGAGGAGCAGUGGCAGCCUUCAGUAGAGAAUAUUGAGGGAGAAUAUUGGCGAAUGGUGGAGAAACCAACAGAAGAAAUUGAGGUCCUUUAUGGGGCUGAUUUGGAAACCGGAGUUUUUGGGAGUGGCUUUCCUAGAGAUGCUCAGCAAGCUCGUUCAGCUUCUGAUAUGAAGUACAUUAACUCGGGAUGGAACUUAAAUAACUUUCCUCGUCUCCCUGGUUCUGUUCUCUCAUUUGAAAGCAGUGAUAUAUCUGGUGUUCUAGUUCCUUGGCUGUAUAUAGGAAUGUGCUUUUCCUCAUUUUGCUGGCAUGUUGAGGAUCACCACUUAUACUCGUUAAAUUACAUGCAUUGGGGAGCUCCAAAAAUGUGGUAUGGUGUUCCAGGAUCUGAUGCCUUGAAACUGGAGGCUGCUAUGAGGAAACAUCUUCCCGACCUCUUUGAAGAACAGCCAGACUUGCUUCAUAAUCUGGUCACUCAACUUUCCCCCUCAAUUCUAAGAUCCGAGGGAGUGCCUGUUUAUCGUUGUGUUCAGAAUCCUGGAGAGUUUGUUCUGACUUUCCCUCGAGCAUAUCAUGCUGGAUUCAACUGCGGUUUUAAUUGCGCUGAAGCAGUUAAUGUUGCUCCUGUUGACUGGUUGCCGCAUGGACAGAAUGCUAUUGAGCUUUAUCGUGAGCAAGGCCGAAAAACAUCCAUUUCACAUGAUAAAUUGUUGCUUGGUGCAGCCAGGGAAGCUGUGAAAGCAAAUUGGGAAUAUAAUUUAUUAAGAAAGUCUACUACAGAUAAUUUGAGAUGGAAAGAUGUUUGUGGAAAGGAUGGAGUCUUAUCCAAAGCAUUCAAGACCCGGGUGGAGAUGGAGCAAGCACGGAGGGAAUUACUUUGCAAAUCCUCACAAGCACUGAAGAUGGAGAGCACUUUCGAUGCCAACAGUGAGAGGGAAUGCAGCGUAUGUCUCUUCGAUCUGCACCUCUCUGCUGCAGGUUGCCACCAUUGUUCACCAGAUAAAUAUGCAUGCUUGAACCAUGCAAGACAAUUAUGUACAUGUUCCUGGGGUGCCAAGUUUUUCCUUUUCCGUUACGAUGUGAAUGAAUUGAACGUUUUGGUUGAAGCUUUGGAAGGGAAACUGAGUGCAGUAUAUCGAUGGGCAAGGCUCGACCUCGGACUUGCUUUAAGUUCUUAUGUUUCCAAAGACCACACCCAAAGCCUUCCGGUUAUAGGUAAAUUAUCAUCUUCACCAGCUCCAAAAGAGACGAGCGCGUUUCCCAGUGUCGUUUCCUCAAAAGAGCAGAAAGGGGCAGCAGAUGGAGAUAUUUUGAAUUUGACAAAGUAUAUCGGCAGUCCAAACGGUGCUAAAAUAUUGAAACCACCUGUGGUGGUAUUGGCUCUCGAAAACAUGAAGGGGUUAUCAAACUCAUCUCCCCAGAAAAAUGAAUCAGCCAAACAUUCUUCACCAUCUAAAAAGGAAAACCCUUCCAAAUAUAAAGCUUCAUCGACGUGUAAGCCUUUUCAAGUCAGUUCAUCAUUUCCUGGAAACAAAGAUGUCAUACUGCUGAGCGAUGACGAGGGAGAUGUACCCAUUAAACAACCGUCUGUCGAAAAGGAGAUCUCCGAAAAUAUGGUUAAUCUUGCUAGUUGUGUUAACAUUCCAGUCUCUGUGACCACUGUCACUGCUUCCUCUGUAACGCUUGAAACAAUGAAGCAUGGUUCUGUUCCAGAGUACAUAAAAGUUGAAGACCAUGCAGAUUCUGGCGAACAAGUCCCAAUGAAGAAAGAGACAAACAUUGAUGGUGGUCAUAAACCAAAACCAAACAGUGAUGAAAGAUCACAUAAUGGCGAUAGUCAUAAAAAUCGGGAGAUGGAUGUUGAUUCGAGAUCGGUGGAGAACGUACAGAAUGUAACAUGUGCCCCAUCUGUCUCUCAGAAUGUCUUGGACAGAUAUUAUCGUCAGAAGGGACCUCGUAUGGCAAAAGUAGUUAGGAGAAUUAAUUGCAAUGUUGAACCUCUGGACUUCGGGGCUGUGCGUGCUGGAGCGUUAUGGUGUGACAGUCGGGCUAUUUACCCCAAGGGAUUUAGGAGUCGAGUGAGGUACAUAGAUGUUAUAGAUCCAUCUAAUAUGUGCUAUUAUGUGUCUGAAAUUCUCGAUGCCGGGCGUAAUGGACCUCUAUUUAUGGUCUCGGUCGAGCAUAGUCCUAAUGAAGUAUUUGUCCAUAUCUCGGCUUCUAGAUGCUGGGAAAUGGUUCGGGAAAGAGUAAAUCAAGAGAUUGGAAAGCAACAUAAGUUAGGAAGAGCAAAUCUCCCUCCUUUGCAGCCUCCAGGUAGUAUGGAUGGGAUGGAAAUGUUCGGCUUUUCUUCUCCAGCAAUUGUACAGAAAAUUCAGGCGCUGGACCAGAAUCGGGUCUGUUCAGAUUACUGGAAAACAAGACCACUAAUGCAGAUCCCUCAGCAAUCUCAGUAUGUAGAAAGUAGUAGUAACUGUAAUGUGAAAUCUGAGCCGUUGAAUGAUGAACACAAUCCGAGUAGAAGCCAUCCUGGCGUUGAGAAAAUACUGAACGGCUUAUUUAACAAGGCAAAUACCGAGGAGCUCCGCAUGUUGUACAGUGUUUUACAUAACAAGAGCUCCACCGAUGAGCAAAGCUUAUUGACCAAGCUUCUUAGUGACGAGAUUCACAAGCACCCAAGAUAGUUUUCCCAGUGUAGCUUUUUAACUUCACAAUUAGAUUUUGUAAAUUACGAGCUCCAUUAUACGUGACGACGAUCUUGCUCACUAAAGAAAUUUUCAAUUUUUUUUUCAUUUUUUUUAUUUUAAGGUCAGGAGCAGAGGAUGAUUCAAUGUUUUGAAUAAUGAGUCUUACAUUAAUUCCUGUAGAAAUAACAGAAAUCCCAUUCUUUCAGAUGUUUCGUAUUUUGUUGUACUUGUCUGGAAGCAAACAACAUUUUGGGUGUAUCUGCAACUGUCAAAAUUGUAGUAAUACUCUGUCUGAGACGCUUCGACUAUUUUAAAUAGCCUUUUUA